AUGUCUCAUAAAACUACUACUACAUCAACCUCAUUUGCAUCAAAAGAAAUAUCUCAUACUCCGCCACGCACUUCAUCUAGCCAAAAAGAGGUCGCACCGAAACCUGUAUCCACUCCAUCGAAAGCCCAUUUUCUUACGUCAACUCCUCUUGCAACCACAGGGUCGUUUUCUCCCACUCCCACUGAUAGCUCACAGAGACCGCUUGAGCUACGGCCGGUCGUAUGUGAGGAUGAGACCAACUUGCCUGGCCAUGCGCCUAUCAAUACGGAGCAUCAGAGAAUGCUAUCUGGCAUAAUAUGCCACGCUAUAGUUUCCAAGCAUGGUAUUACCUCUGUGGACUCUCAAAGUGAGGCUUCAGCAUAUAAUAUCAAUCCUGACGGGACGAAUUACUUCUACUCUGUUUCAUGGGUUGAUAGCUGCAAGACAACAGUUGACAGGCAAGAUGUAUCCAUGCCAGUGGGGACAUCCAGCUUUGGUUGUCUGGAUUUGUUUACCAGAGCAUAUACAGAAUGUAAUAAUGGCGGUGUGGGCGGGUACAUAGACGCUGGCUGCCUGCGGUAUCAGUUUAUUGGAGGGCAAUAA